AGGAAACAUAAUGCCGUAACGAAUCUGCCGGCCAAAGAAGCGGAAUAAAUCAGGAUAAAUGGAUUGAGUUUUGGUAACCUUAUUUCUUGGAGAGAACAGAAAAAUGUCUGCCAAAGUGAAAGCCAACGAUGAAAGAAUAUUAAAUUUCGUAAAACGUAAUAGUUUAGGUUAACCCUAACCAAGUCCUUUUAUUUUCGUAAUAAGAGAAGGCACAAACGAUUGUUACUAAAAAUAAAAAAGUAAGUGUAAUUUUUCGUGCAAGCGUAAUGAAAAUGCAAAAUGGCGUAGGAAGGAUGCAAAUGCUACAAUAGACGGAAUCUGAAACUUUCUCAGUCUGAAGACGAAAGAAGAAGAGUUUGCUAUUGCUACGUUAGAUCCGGAAUGCAAUAACUAACAGGAAAAACAAGUUUUCUGGCUAACAUCAUGUUGUAAAUGGGAACAAAACAGGUGAUUAAAUCAGGAACCGGUUUAUUGUAAUCAGGUUUCCUACAAUACAGGCAUAUACGAUACAUGACCUACAUAUGGGUUGGACGGCACGAAGAUAUUGAGGUUUCAUCAUUUGAAUUCUUAUCGUUGUCAUGUCGAGUAGUCGGCCGCUCUUUGUCUGUUUAAUUGUAUUUUCCAUUUUCUUCCAUGGAUGCAUAGUCAGUGGACUUACAUUACCCCCAGUUGGUGAAAAUGGAAAUCAAGGAAUUGGUGACUGGUGGAUAAAUUUGAGUGUACCUACCGCAUUAGCAGCUUCUAAAGUCAGUGAAACAUGCAUCGAACAUUCACGGGAAUACCUAGUGGCUCUUCGAGAUCGCCAACCAUGGGCAGUCAAAAUGUACGAAUCGUCUGGCAGAUUGAUAGAAAACUUGAUUUACAUUGAAGAAAAUAGCGACGUUCACCAUGAAACGGGAUUGUUUGAUGGAUGUGUUUCUGUACAAUCAGAUGGAAUCCCUUUCCAAGGUCAAUAUUGCACCGUAUUUUUCGGAUGGAAACAAGUCGAUUCCGAUGGCAUAUCGAACAGUGUUGAGAAUUGGAAAGAAGAAGAACCAAUCGAAAAGUCGUCAAAUUUUCUAAAACCCAGCGUCGGUUUUUGUCUUCCAUCAACAUGCAGUGCACGAGACUUACGUUCUGCAGUUGCUCAGCAAGUCGGAUACCGUGUCAGCAACGGUAAAAAUUUCUCUAUCGUGGCCAUAUCAAGCGAAGACUACUGUUACACCCAGGAGAAAAUUCUUGCAAACGGCACAAUCGACAAUCUGGCGCUCAUCGUUAUGUCAGUGUUUUGCUUUUUAGGCAUUGUUGUCACUGUAGCAACAGUCCACCAUACUUGGACAAACACUGACUGUGACGAUUCAAGGAAGCCAUUUGCAAUUCAGUUGCUUCAUUGUUUCUCAGCUAAAAGGAAUUGCAAAACAUUGUUGGCGGUUCAAGAAGAUGCCAAGGAUAGUUUAGCUUGCCUGCAUGGAAUUCGAGUUCUAACCAUCUGCUGGGUUGUACUAAUGCAUGUUGGUUCGGAAUUCACCAUUGAACGAAUUUCUUAUAACAAACAAACUGCUGUAAAGAAUUCACUACGGUGGGAAGUACAAGGCCUGGCCAAUGGUUUAUUUGCAGUUGAUUCCUUUUUCUUGAUGAGUGGCCUUUUAGUUGCAUUUACACAAAUGUGUCAGUUGGACCAAAAUAAUGGAUUCUUUAACAUCAAGUGAUUUUAUUUCCACCGAUACAUCAGACACAGUUUUAGUUGACCAGUUUGAUAUUAAACUUGACAUCACCCUGACAAAAACAAUUAACAUUCCUCUACCUUACAAAACAAGAAGAAAUGGGACUCUUUUUUUUCAUGCCUUUCUGGCAAAAAAAUCACAGCAAUGGAACUCAGAUGAAUGGACGCAGGCUUUACAAGACCCUACUACAAGCUAUGCUGCAACAGCCAUUUCUGUCUAUCAAACACCUGUUCAAGAAUCAUUCAAUUUGAUUAGAGAUAAAGAACAUCUUGAAAAAGAGAAAAAAGAAAAACCAGUGACGCACAUCUAUUCCAAGUUAGUUUUGAAUAUAUUGGAUCACAAAGAGUCAUUACCAAAAAAGGAAAUACCUCCUGAUAUUGCUCAAGUUCUAAGUUAUUCGCCCAAAGGUGAAUACUUACCUGUUGUUUACAUCGACUUACUCGGUUGUCGCCUAGCGGAUCUCGUUCCCGUCAACCAGUCCGUGAAAGACUUUCCAGUGGAAUUGGUUUAUUCGCCAAUCUCAUUUGGCAAACUACGACUUUGGAUGCAGUUUAGCGCUGCCAUGCACACCCUUCGCCAGAUGGGCUUCACCGAAAAGGAUAUCGAUGAACUGAAAGGGAUUUUCGCUGAUACAAACAUCGUUCUACUCUGUGUCACCUUUAUAGUUGCUGCGCUUCACAUGCUGUUUGAUUUUUUGGCUUUCAAAAACGACAUUUACUUUUGGCGUGAUAGGGAAAAUAUGGUUGGGCUGUCAUCGCGCACCUUGCUUUGGAGGGCUUUUAGUCAGUUUAUCAUAUUUUUAUAUUUGGUCGACGAGAACACCAGUCUUCUGGUUGUUAUUCCAGCUGCCAUCGGAACUCUGAUUGAGGUUUGGAAGGUAACCAAGGCAUAUAGGAUAACCCUUGAAUGGAUAAAUGGAGUGCCUCGACUUAACUUUGGCCAGUCGGCGAAUCAGGAAGAAGCCGAAACAGAGCAAUACGAUUCAAUGAGUAUGAAAUACUUGUCUUAUGUGCUCUACCCUCUCUGUGUAGCUGGUGCUAUCUAUUCUCUCAUUUACACGUCCCACCGAAGUUGGUAUUCUUGGGGAUUGCAAAGCAUGGUAAAUGGUGUCUACGCGUUUGGGUUCCUUUUUAUGCUGCCACAACUAUUUGUGAACUAUAAACUCAAAUCAGUUGCCCACUUGCCCUGGCGAGCUUUUAUGUACAAGGCCUUUAACACGUUCAUCGACGAUAUUUUUGCUUUCAUCAUUACCAUGCCGACGGCUCAUCGUGUGGCUUGUUUCCGAGAUGACGCGGUAUUUCUCAUCUACCUUUACCAAAGAUGGUUGUAUCCUGUCGAUAAGAAACGAAUGAAUGAAUUUGGUGCUACCGGUGAAGAACAUCAGCAAAUAACUGAAGAAGACAAAAAAGAUAAAUGAAUGGUCAAUAACUGUUGCCGACACCUAGGUUGUAUUCAACAUAAGGAGGUGGUAAUUCGAUUAAUACAUUCACGUUGUUAUA